CCCAUUACCCAUUUUCACAGUCUUCUUCCUCAGCUUGGCUAGGGUUUUUUUAACCUGAAACUAAAACCCCCAAAUCUCAGUGUAAGAAGGAAACCAUUACAAUGGCGUCGUUUAUGCAGAAACUCGCGAGAACGAAGAACAUUGGGAAAAGGUCUAAAAAAAAGUAUUUGGAAGAAGCACUUUACAAAAAUCUGUUCAAAGAAGGAAGCGAAGAGAAUCAUGUUAGGAAAAAUCUGAAUCAAUUUUUGAAAUCACACAAAAGUGCUUUCAAAUGGGAAGUUGGAAAAUCCAUCAAAGUGUUGCGCCAACGCAAGCUUUACGCUCCAGCACUCAAGUUAUCAGAAACAAUGGAAAAAAGGGGCAUGAACAGGACCAUAAGUGAUCAAGCUAUACAUAUAGAUAUUGUUGCCAAGAGUAAAGGGAUUGAAGCAGCAGAGAGCUAUUUUUUGAAUCUUCCAGAGACAUCGAAAGAUCUUCUUACUUAUUGUGCCCUUUUGAACUGCUACUGCAAAGAAUUAAUGACUGAAAAAGCUGAGGCUUUGAUGGAGAAAGUGAAAGAACUUAACUUAAGUUUAAGCUCCAUGCCUUACAACAGCUUGAUGACUCUUUACACAAAAACUGGGCACCCAGAAAAAAUCCCAGCCAUUAUUCAAGAAAUGAAGGCCAAUGAUGUUAUGCCAGAUUCUUAUACCUACAACGUCUGGAUGAGGGCUCUUUCUUCUAUGAAUGAUAUUUCUGGGGUUGAGAGGGUUGUUGAUGAAAUGAAGAGGGAUGGCCGUGUUGCUGAAGAUUGGACUACAUAUAGUAAUUUGGCAUCGAUCUAUGCAGAUGCUGGCUUAACUGAUAAAGCAGUGAAGGCACUCAAGGAAUUGGAGAAGAAAAAUGCAUGCCGCAAUAUUACUGCAUACCAGUUUCUGAUCACACUGUAUGGUCGUGUUGGAACUUUGCUUGAAGUAUAUCGUGUAUGGCGUUCUUUGAGGCUUGCUUUUCCCAGAACAGCAAACAUAAGCUAUCUUAACAUGAUCCAAGUUUUAGUAAAUUUGAAUGACUUACCAGGUGCUGAGAAAUGUUUCAAGGAAUGGGAGUCUGGAUGCCCAACUUAUGACAUACGUAUAGCAAAUGUUCUUAUAGGAGCUUACACUAAACAAAGUUCCCUGGAGAAAGCUGAACAGCUCAAGGAACGGGCACGAAGGAGUGGAGCUAAGCCCAAUGCUAAGACAUGGGAGAUCUUCAUGGACUAUUAUCUGCAAAGCGGGGAUAUCAAAUCAGCAAUUGAUUGUGUGGACAAAGCAGUUUCAAUUGGAAGGGGUGAUGGCAGCAAGUGGUUUCCAUCAUCUGCCAUUGUAACAAAAUUCAUGAGUCAUUUUAAACAACAUAAAGAUGUCGCUGGUGCAGAACACUUUGUGGAAAUGUUGAAGAAGGCUAAGGAUGAGUUGGGGGUUGACAUAUUUGAAUCUUUAUUACGAACUUAUAUAGCUUCUGAAAAAACAAGUCCUAUCAUGCGUCGGCGUAUAAAAAUGGAAAACAUAGAGCUGACUGAUGAAGGUAAAAGAUUGCUGGAUGCUGUUUCUGUGGAGUGAGAUCAUUUAUAAAGUAAUUGACAUGCCUUGAGCUUUCAGAAACUGAAUCGCAGAGAUGUGAGUUUUCAGCAUGUUGUUGCAAUUGAGAUUUUCUAGUUUACUACUCUUUUGAAUGGUUUCUUGGAUUGUUCAUAUCUGAUUAGCACAUGCAUGGUUCAAAAUUUCCUGCAUCAGUGUAAACACGCUCUGGACACAUAUAGGAUUCCAUCUAGAUAAAAAAUAGUGAAUAAACAGACGAGCUUUGUUGCUGCCCGAGGUGCUCGAGAGAAUGCCCUAAACAACUCAAUUCUGGUGUUUCUGGAGAGUUGAAUUUGACGUUUAAUGGAUUUUGGUUUCCUACUGAAAGCUCUUUUUCUUUUUGGAAGAAAUGUACUGUUUGAGUUUUUCGUAGAUUACUACAAUUUGUUCGCUAAUAUCUAUACGUUUUUUCCAUUUUUUUUUUAAAUAGGUAACUUAUCUACACUUCUUUUCCAUUUGUAUGUGAAUUUCUGAGUUACUACUUAGUUUC